CGGCUCCCUGCUCCGGCAUGGCUGCUUUAGGGACCUGGCUAUCCAGUGUCCGGAGGUUGCACAGCAGCGUAGUGGCGCGGGCCGGCGGCCAGUGGCGACUCCAGCAGGGGCUGGCUGCCAACCCUUCUGGCUAUGGGGCCCUCACGGAGCUUCCUGACUGGUCUUUCGCGGAUGGCCGCCCUGCUCCCCCAAUGAAAGGCCAACUUCGAAGAAAAGCUCAGAGGGAGAAGCUUGCAAGACGAGUUGUACUGCUGACACAGGAAAUGGAUGCUGGAUUAGAGGCAUGGAAACUCAGGCAGCAGAAAUUGGAGGAAGAAAGGAAGCGGGAACAUGAUCUUAAACCUAAAGGGAUUUUACUGAGAAGCCCACUUCCAAAUCAAUAAAAAUCAGCUCCUGUCCCACUUU